AUGCUAUUCGUGAACACUGCUAUCCAUGAACACUAUGCUAUACCUGCACACUAUGCUAUCCAUGAACACUAUGCUAUACCUGCACACUAUGCUAUCCAUGAACACUAUGCUAUACCUGCACACUAUGCUAUCCAUGAACACUAUGCUAUACCUGCACACUAUGCUAUACCUGCACACUAUGCUAUUCGUGAACACUAUGCUAUCCAUGAACACUAUGCUAUACCUGAACACUAUGCUAUCCAUGAACACUAUGCUAUCCAUGAACACUAUGCUAUACCUGCACACUAUGCUAUUCGUGAACACUAUGCUAUCCAUGAACACUAUGCUAUACCUGAACACUAUGCUAUCCAUGAACACUAUGCUAUCCAUGAACACUAUGCUAUACCUGAACACUAUGCUAUCCAUGAACACUAUGCUAUACCUGCACACUAUGCUAUCCAUGAACACUAUGCUAUACCUGCACACUAUGCUAUUCAUGAACACUAUGCUAUACCUGCACACUAUGCUAUCCAUGAACACUAUGCUAUACCUGCACACUAUGCUAUCCAUGAACACUAUGCUAUCCAUGAACACUAUGCUAUACCUGCACACUAUGCUAUUCGGGAACACUAUGCUAUCCAUGAACACUAUGCUAUACCUGCACACCAUGCUAUUCGUGAACACUAUGCUAUACAUGAACACCAACUCUUCCCGAACACUACACUAUUCCUGAACAGUAUACUGAAGGAUGACCUCGGGGGCUUCAAGGAUGACCUCGGGGGCUUCAAGGAUGACCUCGGGGGCUUCAAGGAUGAUCUCGGGGGCUUCAAGGAUGAUCUCGGGGGCUUCAAGGAUGACCUCGGGGGCUUCAAGGAUGACCUCGGGGGCUUUAAGGAUGACCUCGGGGGCUUCAAGGAUGACGUCGGGGCUUCAAUAAUGACCUCGGGGCUUCAAGGAUGA